CAUAAAAGACUAGGGGCCAGUGUGAAAGGGGUGUAGUCAGGCCCAGCACUGGAGUUUCAGUUUGGACAGGGAGUCAAGUGGACGCCCAGGGCAAACUGGAGAGGCCUCUGGCCACUGGCCUCUCGUUUGCUUUCCAUGACAAUGGACAGUCUCCAGCUCUGCCUGCUCCUCUUGGUCUUAGGCCUCUCCUCUUCAGAGGUGAGCACAACUCCCGUGCUUGACUCCCGGCCCCAGAUCCCCUGCUCGCUGGACGGAGUGGAGAUCAAAGGCGGCUCCUUCCGACUCCUCCAAGACGGCCAGGCUCUGGAGUACCUCUGUCCCUCCGGCUUCUACCCAUACCCUGUGCAGACCCGAACCUGCAGAUCCACGGGCUCCUGGAGCGCCCUGCAGACCCGAGACCAAAAGAUUGUCAAGAAGGCGGAAUGCAGAGCAAUCCGCUGCCCACGGCCACAGGAAUUUGAAAAUGGGGAGUAUUGGCCCCGGUCGCCCUACUACAACCUGAGUGACCAGAUUUCCUUUCAAUGCUACGACGGUUACACUCUCCGGGGCUCCGCUAACCGCACCUGCCAGGCGAAUGGCCGGUGGGACGGGCAGACAGCGAUCUGUGAUGACGGAGCGGGAUACUGUCCCAACCCGGGGAUUCCCAUUGGCACAAGGAAGGUGGGCAGCCAGUAUCGCCUGGAAGACACAGUUACCUACCACUGCAGCCGGGGGCUUGUCCUGCGUGGCUCCCAGCAGCGAAGAUGCCAGGAAGGUGGCUCGUGGAGCGGGACUGAGCCUUCCUGCCAAGAUUCCUUCAUGUACGACACCCCUGAGGAGGUGGCGGAGGCAUUCUUGUCCUCUCUGACGGAGACCAUAGAAGGAGUGGAUGCUGAGGACGGCCACAGCCCAGGGGAACAACAGAAGAGGAAGAUCGUCCUGGACCCCUCGGGCUCCAUGAACAUCUACCUGGUGCUGGACGGAUCAGACAGCAUUGGAGCCAGCAACUUCACAGGGGCCAAGCGCUGUCUCGCUAACUUGAUUGAGAAGGUGGCGAGUUACGGGGUGAGGCCCAGAUAUGGUCUCGUGACAUAUGCCACAGUCCCCAAAGUCUUGGUCAGAGUGUCUGAUGAAAAGAGCAGUGAUGCCGACUGGGUCACGGAGCAGCUCAACCAGAUCAGUUAUGAAGACCACAAGCUCAAGUCAGGGACCAACACCAAGAAGGCUCUCCAGGCCGUGUACAGCAUGAUGAGCUGGGCGGAGGACACCCCGCCGGAGGGCUGGAACCGAACCCGCCACGUCAUCAUCAUCAUGACGGAUGGCUUGUACAACAUGGGCGGAGACCCUGUCGCUGUCAUCGAGGACAUCCGAGACCUGCUGUACAUCGGCAGGGACCGCAAAAACCCACGGGAGGACUAUCUGGACGUGUACGUGUUUGGGGUCGGGCCGCUGGUGGACCCCGUGAACAUCAACGCCUUGGCUUCCAAAAAGGACAACGAGCGCCAUGUGUUCAAGGUCAAGGACAUGGAGAACCUGGAGGAUGUCUUCUUCCAAAUGAUUGAUGAAUCCAAGUCUCUGGGGCUCUGCGGCAUGGUGUGGGGGCACACGGACGGCACCGAUUAUCACAAGCAACCAUGGCAGGCCAAGAUCUCGGUCACUCGCCCUCUGAAAGGACACGAGAACUGCAUGGGGGCCGUGGUGUCUGAGUACUUUGUGCUGACAGCAGCACACUGCUUCACGGUGGACGAUCAGAAGCAUUCCAUCAAGGUCAGCAUGGGAGGGAAGAGGCGGGACCUGGAGAUUGAAGAGGUCCUAUUUCACCCCAACUACAACAUCAAUGGGAAGACGGCAGAAGGGGUCCCCGAGUUCUAUGACUACGAUGUGGCCCUCGUCAAGCUAAAGACCAAGCUCAAGUAUGACCAGACCCUGAGGCCCAUCUGUCUCCCCUGCACGGAGGGAACCACCCGAGCCCUGCGGCUUCCUCUGACAGCCACCUGCAAGCAGCACAAGGAACAGCUGCUCCCGGUGAAGGACAUCAAAGCCCUGUUUGUAUCUGAGGAGGGGAAGAGGCUGACUCGGAAGGAGGUGUACAUCAAGAACGGGGACAAGAAAGGUAGCUGUGAGAGAGAUGCUCUCCGGGCCCCCGGCUAUGACAAGGUCAAGGACGUCUCCCAGGUGGUCACCCCCAGAUUCCUCUGCACGGGAGGGGUGGAUCCCUAUGCUGACCCCAACACAUGCAAAGGAGAUUCUGGAGGUCCUCUCAUCAUCCACAAGAGGAGCCGCUUCAUUCAAGUUGGUGUGAUCAGCUGGGGAGUGGUGGAUGUCUGCAAAGACAAGAGGCGGAAACAGCUGGCGCCCGCCUAUGCCCGCGACUUCCACGUCAACCUUUUCCAGGUGCUGCCCUGGCUCAAGGAGAAACUCAAAGAUGAGGAUUUGGGUUUCCUCUAAGGGCCCUCCUGCUGGGAGGGGGUGAGGAUCAAAAUAAAGCAGCAGCUGUAAGAAA